AUGUCCAUCCUCGACCUCCCGCCGGAGGUCCUCGGCCACAUCAUCGCCCUCGCGCCGACCGCCUACCCCGCCCUCGCCGCCGUCUCCCGCUCCUUCAACUCCGCAUCCGCGCCCUUUUCUCUGCACACCGUGCACGUCUCCGGGCUGCCCGCCAUCCGCCGGCUCAUCGCCCAGCUCGAGGCCCACAAGGCGCGCGCCGAGUCCGAAGGGCGCGCGUACGUGGGCAAGGUCGCGCACCUCUUCCUCUGCGACCUCCCGCCGCGCACGGCGCGCGUGCCCGGCGUGGACGACGUCCUCCGCAGCUGCGCCUGCGACGCCCGCGCGGACGCGCACGCGCUCCUCCAGGCGUACAUCGCGCUCCUGCCGCUCGUCGCGCCCGCGCUGCGCGCGCUCAGCGUGCUCUCGUACAACCCGCACAUCACGCCCUACCGCGUCCUCCUCGACACGCCCUUCCCGCGCCUGCGCGUCUUGGAGGUGCGCUUCACGGCCAUCGCGUACUGCGCGCAGAUGGACCCCGCGCGCGCGCCGACGAUGCCCGCGCUGACGCACCUGCAUCUGGCGUUUGGCGUGCCCCCGACCAUGGCCGACGAGCCGGCGGGCUUGGUGGAGAUGGCCGCGGCGUGUGCGCCGGGGCUGAGAGAGGUGCGGUUCACGAAUGUGAGGCUGGGCAGGGCGUGCGCGGGCGCCGUGCGCCGGAUGCUGGGGCUCCGCGGGGGGAAGCGCGGGAGGGCGGAGAGCGUGAUGACGCUAGUCGAGGAGGCGCAGGGGGAGGAGGACUCGGAAACGCAGUCGGACACCGACUCGACGGCGGCGGUCGCCGACUUUGGGGGCGACGGCACCGACGUAGACGACCAGGAGAGCGGGCCGCGCCUGGCGGCGGUGUACGUCCAGCCCGCGCCGCCCGGGGGGAGCGUGCCCUGGUGGACCGUCUACCAGCGCGAGAUGCUGGCGGAGCUGAAGAGCCUCGCGAGGGGGGCCGUGUUCGAGGCUGCUUUGGCGUGCCUUGUCGGGGAUGGGGAGAAGCGGGGAGCGGGGACAGGCACGCUGGUGGUGCUCGACCCGCCCGCGGACGGGGCAGGCGGGUAUGAGGCAUGGAGGACAAGGUGGGAGGCGGGCGUGGGGUUUUUGCCGGAGUUUGGGGAGGUGAUUGGGGGUGGGGAGGGCGCCGAGAAGGUGAAGGUGGAUAGCGCGGUGAGUGCGACGUCGCCGUGGAGGAUGUAUUGAGCGCGGGCGCUCGCUGGCUGCUCUUUGGUGUCUGGUGUCUUGCUCCCACUCCUGGAUUCGCGCCCCCAAUUCUACUCUGCACACGCCCUCGCUAUCGGGGCCGCUCCCACUCGCGGCAUAAUUUAUUCCCCUCGUCACGUUCUUGGUCGUUCACAUCGGGUCCUCGGGAGUACACUAGAGCUAUGCGGUCGUCUCUGUCUUGGAAGAUUACGGGUCCACGGCUUGGUGCGAAAGAGUAUACUAGUAUUCUGCAUUCGGGACUAGACUGUCUUUCCUGGAGUCAUCGUCAUCAUGGGUUUCUCGGCUGUGCACAUGCAUGCAUCCAUCCGUUCAUCUUCGCAUCGUUUUGGGUCAUUUUGCAUGCAUGGGUUUUGGGUCUCGGUCGGGUUGAUUUAUAAGUCGUAUCUAAUAGCGGGUUGUUUGGUGUACAUUGGGUUGGGUUACUAUUAAUAGGGUUUAUGGGUUAGUUGAAGGUGUACUUGGGUGAUGGGUGAUGGGUUAAUGAUCAUGAGCGUCCAAGUGGUUUGGGG